AUGACGCCGCGGCCGCCAGGGCCUCCUCCGAAGUACCAGCAACCCGGGCACCAGCCGGCCGUCGUCUACAGGGCGCCGUCGGCCAAGGAGGUCGAGCAGAAGCUGUUCGUGUCGGAGACCGCGCUAGCGCCACCCGCAGCGGCGGCGUCCGCGUCCGCUGGCGAGGCGCCGGUGUCGAAGAAGGGGCUCGCCCACCCUACGCGGCGGCCGGGGUUCGGAACGGCCGGGAACGAGGUGAUGAUCCGCGCGAACCGCUUCCUCGUCAACGUCGCCGACAACAACCACUACAGCAGAACAAGCUAGCAGUGACGGGCUCAAACCCUCAACUGUGACGGAUAGACCCCCUCGUCACAGAUCAAUGGUCACUGAUGACUUAACUCACCUUUGACGGGUGUAGGUCCGUCAGAGGUGACAGACACCUUUGACGGGUUGUGUCAUGUGGUCACAUAUGAGAAAAAUCAC